AUGAGUACUUCUGACGGCAAAGAAUUUGAAGAGGAGGUUUCGCAUGACAACUCAGACGCUGGAACAUCUGUUGCCUCUGAUUCUCGACGUGAGACACAGGAUAAGGAGCCCCAAGAGGCUCCAGAGCCGAAAGAAUUAGAAAUUAACGAGGCUGGAAAGGAAAAUGAAGUGCCAGUUUUAGUGAAGGAGAGUACAGAGGAAUUGGAGGAGAGCAAGGAACCGGAACAAGCUAAAGAGAACGUUCAGGAGGACAUUUCACUGGAUAUUCCUGUGAACGAAUCCGAAACUGGAGAGGAGGCUCAAGAAAAUGUAAAAGACGAGAAUGUUUCAACGAUCGUCAAUGAUCGAUCUGUUGAGAGCACAAGUGGUAAUACUGGCCCAAUUGAGGCUACCGUACCAAGCACUGCUUCUGAAACAGACCUCCCUGUUGAGAAGGAUGUUCCAGAUCAGAAUUUCGACAGCUCGGUAGAUACCCCCCAGGAACCAAUAACUGAGUCUCCUCUUACAGAAAGCAACACAAUUCAGCCCCGAGAGAUUGAUCCUGAUGCUGAUAAUUCAAAGGUCACGGCUGAAGGCCGGUCACCACCAGAUCUACCUCCACGAUCACCUAAGAUUCCACCUUCUCUUCCACCCCGAUCACCUGUGAUACCUCCAUCUCUUCCCCCGCGCAACCUUUCAUCAGAAGCGAUACCCAUAAUAAGUCCAGCAUUUUUGACAGAGGAGGUAGCUGGCGAGAGGUUAAAUGGAUUGCAGAACCACAGCAGUUACAACUUAUUAAUAUCCAGAGCACACAAGAACACCUCUUCGGUCAACGAAGGAUCAGACGAACACAGACAACAAGUUGUUUCGGGUGCCAACACGCUUAGAACUACUUUCAACGAGAUCAAAGUUGGGAUUGAGUACUCCAAUAAUGAAUUGAUGGAGAACAUUGAUUGGGAAUUCUGGUCAGAUGUCGUGAAUGAUUACUCAUCAGUGGUGGAGAAAGAUCCAGAACUGCUCAUUUCUCGUGUGUCUAUGGGUAUGCCUAAAGAAAUUCGUGGAAUGAUAUGGCAAUUGAUAACCAACUCCAAAUCAUAUGUUCUGGAAGAACUUUAUGCCACUCUUAAAAGUGAAGAAAGUUUGUUUGGAAAAGCUAUUAAGCGAGACUUGUGUCGCACAAGUUUUGUGACAAACAGUGACAUGAGACACAAGUCUAAUGAGCUUUAUCAGAUCAUUAAAGCCUACUCUAUAUUUGAUCCUGAACUUGGAUACACUCAAGGUUUAGCCUUUAUCGUUGUCCCACUUCUGAUGAACAUGAAUGAAAGCGAAACAUUUUGUUUGUUGGUCACACUGAUGAAGAAUUAUGGAUUUCGUGACUUAUAUCUGCCCGAAAUGCCCGGUCUCCACUUGAAAUUAUUCCAAUUUGAUAGACUACUAGAGGAUUUGACACCAGAAAUAGCCAGUCAUUUGAGGAAACAAGGAGUUCAAUCAUCCAUGUAUGCCACACAGUGGUUUUUAACUCUCUUUGGAUACAAGUUUCCACUUGAGAUCGUCAUUAGAAUCUAUGACGUUGUAAUUGCAGAAGGACUAGAAACAAUCUUAAGAUUUGCUGUCAAUUUCAUGAUACAGAACAAAAGUCACAUAUUGACUUUGAAGUUUGAUGAGCUCUUGACAUUCCUCAAGGAUGGGUUGUUUGACGUGUACAAUGCUGAAAACAAGGCUUCGGCAGUAACUUCGAAUAAUUAUCGGCUGGACGAUUUAGUAUCCGAUUCCUUAAACCUGAACAUAAUUCCCUUGAGUCUCAACCAAUACGAGAAAGAAUUCCAUCAAAUAAAUCAGUUGGAUCAAGAACGAGACCAAGAGAUUAGCAAACUCCGAGCUAUUAAUGGAAAUCUGAAUAGAGACAUCAAGAAGAUUGAAGGGGAGUAUCUUCUUUUGAAUAAAGAACACAUUGAAAUUGCCAACGAAAUGGUAGAAGGAAAGGUGCGGAUCGCCAAUCUUGAAGACGAGAAUAAACAAUUGAAACAUGACUCAGAAGAGUUAAACAAGAGGUUAGCAAGUCUUUCCUCCCAAGAUAAAGUUGAGAAGGAUUUUGAUUUCAACCAGCAAGAUCUAGAACUGAAUCCCGAACUGGCUACUGAAAUCCAAAGAACUAUGGAACGGAAUGCCCAAGUAAUGGAGGAGAACCGGUUACUAGAGGAGCAGUUGGCCUCGUUAGAGGUAGAGUACAACGACAUAAAGCAAGAGUAUGAGCAAAUGAAGUUGCGUAAAGGGAAGUGGGGAUCCUCUUUCAAGAAGGUGUUUGGUUCUAAAUAG